AUGGGUCCAGACAAGCGCACUCCCCAGCCAUAUAGGGAGGGGUGCAAAGACCACCGCCUCCCCCGCACCGCAGCGCAAGUCGCAUUGGGAUCUCCCCUGGACUGGAGCUGCACCAGGGUCAGACUGGGGCUCCCCAUCCAUCCCGGGGUCCCUAUAGCCCAGAUCCCCCAUAAGGGGCGAGGAUCGCGUAAGGCUCCCCCCUCAGCCCCCCGGGACCCGCCGCAGGGCGCCCCCAAGCGGCCGCCACGGGACGGGGCGAGCGGCACUGGCCACGCCCCCUCGUGGGGCGUCGGCCACGCCCCUCCGCAAGGCACCCCUCGCCUCCUCGCCCCCCCGGGAUCACCCACCCCCCCACCCCCGGUACCCGCGCCGCACGCGCCCGCCCCGCCCCCUCCUCGCGGAGCCCUAAGACCGGCCCAUGGCCCCAUCUGCACCUCGCUGGACGCCGCCGGGGCACGCCCGCGGCCGCCACCGCUCAACCCGGAUUCGGGUCGCGGCCCCUUUAAAUGGAGGCGCCGCUCGGAGCCCUCAACGCGCUGCAACCCGACGGGGGGGCGGCGGCGGCGCCCUAUUGGCUGCGCGGAGCGAGGGACGCGCUUUCAUUGGCCGCGGUGGGGCCUGGGCUCGCGAGACUCGCUCACGAGCGGCUGCCGCGGAAACGCGGAGCAGAGCCCCGAGCGCGGGAUCGGCGCGACAGCCCGGACCGCGGCGGGCGGCUGGAAAACCUGGGGCGGAUCCGCCUGGCGGAGCGGAUCCAAGAGGGCGAGCAGCACGGAGCCGGGCGCGGGCGGCGGCCGCGGUCUGGCGGGGCACGGCGAGGUGCUGGGGGGGAGCACGGCGGGAGGCGCGGGCCGGAACGGGGCGCCCCGCUUCCCGCCGGUGCCCGCGCGGCCGCCCGCAAAGCGCGGAGCGGAUCGCACGGAAUGGGCUCGUCACCCCGCUCCCCGCCCCCCCUUUAACCCUCUCGCUGCCGCCUCUCCCGGCCCCAGCCCCGCUGCCGUCCCGGGGGGUCCGGUCCAGCCUCGCCACCACGACCUCUACCUGCACGCGGGGAGACCCACCCGGCCGAGCCCGGGUGCCGCCACCGCCUCCCCGAAGCUGGAGCGUCUCCCCGGGGCGGUGAGUGACAGCGCGGCCGGGCGGGGCUUCCGCGGGGGCCCAGGACGCGGCACCGCCCCCGGGAGGGACCGCCUGGGCCGGCGCCCCCCAUUCCCGGCACCGCCUUCACUCGGAAUCCCCCUCCCGUGCCCGGGCUGCGCCCCCGCCACAGCGCGCGUAGCCCGGGGUGCCCUUCCCCAGCCACGGCAGCGCCCACCUGGCCUCGCCGCCCGCGGCACCUCUACCCCUUCCCGCCUCCACCCGUGCCCCCCGGCUGCUCCCCCCAUCGGGCUUGGCCCCGUCCUCUCUGGGGGCUCCCCUGCCGGCAGGAGCCGGGCCCCCUCCGUCUCAGCGAGGCAGCAUCCUGGUCUUGGCCGCGCCACUGCGCUGUGGGGCUCUCCCACCGCUCCCGCCCCCGGGAACCUGCGGUUCCCAAGCCUGCGGGGCGGGGAGCGGGCGGCGGAGCUGGGGGAAAGCGGGCACUCCGCGAGGGCAGCGAGCCUCCCGGGGGUCCCGCGGCCGGGGAGCGGGCUGGCCGCGGGCACCUGCACCGCUGAGGCGGCGGGAAGCGGGAGCGUUUAUUGCAACGCGGUGAAACGAAACCCGCCCGAGGCAGCAUCCGACCGCGCUCCCACAGCGCCCGGUGCGUUCCCAGGGGCGGGGCACGGUGAGACCCUUCUGCCGAGCCGCACCGAGCCGCCUUCCCCCCCGCAGCGGGGCAGCGACGGGAACGAGGUCCGGACGACGAGGGGUCGCCCGCGGCUGGACGCGGCAAGGAGCGGGCACGGGGCUGGAGGACACCUGGAGGAGACCGGAUCGGCACACGCUGGCCCCCCGGCGCUGCCCGGUCUCCGGUGCUCACCCGCCGGGGUGGAGAAGCCAACCCCGGAACCGCCCCGUUGCCAUGCCGGGCGCACGUCGGGGGGCGCGGCGGGGCGGCACGCGCUCGGCGCCGCUGCUGGCCCUUUAAAAGCGCGCGGCCCCCGCGCGCCCGCACCGCGCCUGCGCGCCGCGCGCGGGGCGGCUCGCGGCGCUCCCUUUGUCCCCCGCUCGCCUCUCACCCAAGCUUGGUGCCCACGGCCGUGA